AGUCCAUUUGACAUCAGAUGCCGGGGGGAGAAUCCAUUUCCCGAUGUUAGCUAAAAGAAAAGUUGUGUAACUAUUGAGAGUUGUGUAACGGGGGAAGCUAAAAGGACAGCGCUGUGAGCAGGACUUGAUUGUUAACGUUUUAUUGAGGUUCUGUCCUCUCAUUGUAACUCACCGAAGACAGAUUCUAGCAAAUACUUACGGGAGAAAAAUGUUUUCUCUGUCGACGUCAUUUCAGCCACAGCAGAUGGUGGUUCCUCUCAGCCAGGUCCUCAACACCCUCCACUCGCUGAAGAGCUCAGCUACAGCUUCAGUCCACUCUUUGCACAAAGACUUCAGACAGGAGCACAAGUCAUACCUGAAAGAGCCGAGGGAUCUGGGCCUCUCCGAGGUCCAGGGGAGUCAGCUGAAUGAGCUGGUCAGCAGGUUACUGCCCCCACCGAGUCUUGAAGAACCUCCCACCGUUACCUCAAUAUGGAAGACUAGCCACGUUUCUGCAGACAGCUUCUUUCAGAACAAAUAUGGGUUUUCACAAAAAAGACUAUUGGGUCAUGGCUCUCCGUUAUUCCACCGUCGGUACCACAGCCCUCUUCGGGACGCUUGCUCUGAACUCCAGCUGCUGCCUGUGUGGCUUCAGAGCCGAGGGUUCAAAACUCUCAGAGCAAAGACCAGACGAGUGGAGUCGGGUUAUGACGGUCCGGUAGAACCUGAUGCCUACACACCAGCUUUCAUGAAGGGUUUGCUCCAGAGGGAGAAAGGAGCAGAGGCCCACUCUCUGGACCAAGUGGUGAAACUCAAAAACCUUCCUGAAAACCAGCAGGAGGCUUUCAAGACUGGCUUCACCGAUGGGUUCAUGAGGUCCCAAGCUCUGACUCAGAGAACUCAAGACUCAUUGAGGAGAACCAGGCUGGUCCUGCUGGUCCUCCUCCUCAUCGGCAUUUACGGCCUCUCUAGAACCCCCUUUCUCUCCGGUAAAGGCUCCUUUUCUGACGCCGUGAGGUUUCGCACCACUACGGGCCUCGACUCGGCGAUCGACCCCAUCCAGAUGAAGAACGUGACGUUCGAGCAUGUCAAAGGCGUGGAGGAGGCGAAGAACGAGCUGCAGAACGUCGUCGAGUUCCUCAAAAACCCACAGAAGUUCACAGUGUUGGGUGGAAAGCUGCCCAAAGGGAUUCUCCUGAUCGGGCCGCCCGGCACCGGGAAGACCCUGCUGGCGCGGGCCGUAGCCGGGGAAGCAGACGUUCCUUUCUACUACGCCUCCGGGUCGGAGUUUGACGAGAUGUUUGUGGGCGUCGGCGCCAGUCGCAUCAGGAACCUGUUCAAAGAGGCAAAAGCAAACGCUCCGUGUGUCAUCUUCAUCGACGAGUUGGACAGCGUGGGAGGGAAGAGGAUCGAGUCUCCGAUGCAUCCCUACUCCAGACAAACCAUCAACCAGCUGCUGGCGGAAAUGGACGGGUUCAAACCCAAUGAAGGCGUCAUCGUCAUCGGUGCUACAAACUUCGCUGAAGCUCUGGAUAAUGCUCUGGUGAGACCCGGCAGGUUCGACAUGCAGGUGACCGUCCCCCGCCCCGAUGUCAAAGGUCGCAAAGAGAUCCUCAACUGGUACCUGUCCAAGAUCAAAGUGGACCCGGCCGUUGAUGCCGAGAUCAUCGCCCGAGGCACGGUGGGCUUCUCCGGGGCAGAACUGGAGAACCUGGUGAACCAGUCCGCCCUGAAGGCCGCCGUGGACGGGAAGGAGAUGGUCACCAUGAAGGACCUGGAGUUCGCCAAGGACAAGAUCCUCAUGGGUCCUGAGAGGCGUAGCGUUGAAAUAGACAAAAAGAACAAGACCAUCACAGCGUACCACGAGUCCGGACACGCCAUCGUCGCCUAUUACACCAAAGACGCGAUGCCCAUCAACAAGGCCACCAUCAUGCCCAGAGGACCGACUCUUGGCCACGUGUCCAUGCUCCCCGAGGACGACCGCUGGAGCGAGACGCGGGCCCAGCUGCUGGCCCAGAUGGACGUCAGCAUGGGCGGCCGCGUCGCAGAGGAGCUCAUCUUCGGAGACGAAAAUGUCACCACAGGAGCCUCCAGCGACUUUGAUGGAGCGACACAAAUCGCAAAACUGAUGGUGACCCGGUUUGGCAUGAGCGACAAGCUCGGGGUCAUGACCUACAAGGACAUCACCAAGCAGAGCCCCGAGACGCAGGCCGCCAUCGAGCACGAAGUCAGAGCUCUACUGAAGGAAUCCUACGACCGAGCGAAGAACAUCCUGAAGACCUACAGCAAGGAGCACAAGAAGCUGGCGGACGCACUGCUGACGUACGAAACGCUGGACGCCAAAGAGAUCCAGAUGGUGCUGGAAGGAAAAUCUCUGGACCACUGAGACAUUCAAAGACUCUGUAAAUAAAACGCUGUGCAAGCGGGACUGAUCUUUUGAAAGCCUUUCAGUCCUUUUUAUUCCUCCUUUUGACAAUGUGAAAAGCUGGAUGAAAUGUUUGACAUUUUUAAAUCACCACAGUACGAUGAAUCUGCGCUUCUCAGUUAAAAUCAUAAACUUGUUUUCUUGCUGCUCCUCAUUGUCAAACUCACAGCUGAAGGGUUUCUGUAUCUCAUGUUUUCUCCUACAUAUUAUGUUGUUUUUAAGUUAUUUAAGUGCCCAAAGGUAUGUAUUAUUAUUAUUGUUUUCAUUUUAUUUUCUGUCAGGGAAAAUCAUGAUAGAUCCUCUUAUCCACACCUGAGGAAAAACUGUAAGUGCUAGCCAGUUUGUGUAAAUAUUCUGUAAAGAGUCUGAAAGGACGGAUUUGGUGCUUCUGUUACUUUAGACGAUGGCCUUCUUGGAGCUCCAAUAAAGAUUUCUCUCAGGAAAC